UUAAAUUUUAUUUUAUGAAUUGUAGUAUUAUUAUUCUAUCUUUACCUAUUUAAACGGCUGCACUUGAGACAAUGGAGUAUCCCACAUAUACAUUGAACUUCCAUACAUCAAUAUAAGAGAGCAUGAUUUCUGAUAAAAGAAUAGCAACCAAAUUUGUUGUUGUUGUUGUUCUUCUUCUUUUCUGUGCGUUUGUUUCAGGAGAUGUAGAAGUGAGAUGCAUGGAAAGCGAGAGAGAAGCUCUUCUAAGCUUAAAGAAUGGCUUCAACGAUGAGGAUGGUGCGCUCUCAUCGUGGCAAAGCGACGAAUGCUGCGAAUGGUAUGGUGUUGUGUGCAGCAACACCACUCGCCAUGUCAUCAGCCUCGAAGUUAAUGGUGUAAGAUUGAAGGGUAAGAUUGGCUCUUCAUUGCUUGAGUUGCAUCAUUUAAAAUAUCUUGACCUCAGUUGGAAUGACUUUGGAGGCAUUCCAAUCCCGGAAUUCAUUGGUUCUAUGAAACAAUUACAACACUUAGAUCUUAGUGAAUCUAACUUUUCUGGAAUUGUUCCUCCUGAAUUAGGGAACCUUACCAACCUGCGAUCACUUGAUCUCUCGUAUAACUCUCUGAGAACUGAGAAUCUUGAUUGGCUCUCAAGACUCUCUUUGUUGUCUAUACUUGAUCUGAGUCAAAUGGACUUGAGUCAUACAAACUGUUUGCAGCAAAUCCGAAGUCUUAAGUUCCUGCGUGAAUUGUACUUGGCAUCAUGUAACAUCAUUGCUGUCAAGCUUUCUGUUGACUCUUCUUCUACAUCUCUUUCUAUACUUGGUUCUGUAUUGAAAUCGCUCGAAAUACUCUUCUUGCCUUAUAAUCAACUCAAUGGAUCGAUACCGGACUUUAGAGCAUUUUCUUCAUUGAGAAUUUUGGAUCUUUCGGGAAAUAAGUUUACAGGCUCUAUUCCACUAAGUAUUGGCCAACUCUCCAACCUUGAAUUUCUAGAUCUUUCUGAUAAUUCUUUGCAAGGUUUAGUCUCUGAAUCCCACUUCAUCAAGCUUGAUAAGUUAAACACACUUGACUUAUCCUUGAAUUCAUUGAUCUUGGAUAUUGCCCCUGAUUGGAGUCCUCCUUUUCAGUUGACUCGUAUACAUUUAGCCAGGUGCAAUGUGGGCCCAUAUUUUCCAAAAUGGAUUCGAACUCAAACGAAUUUGACAUACCUUGAUCUCGAUGGAGCCAAUAUAAAAGAUGAAGCUCCGAGGUGGUUGUGGAGUACGUUUUCUCAAUUAGAGAGCUUAUCUCUAGCAGACAAUCAAAUAAGUGGUACAAUUCCGAAUCUCUCAUCCACUCUCAUAAGCUUUAUAGAUCUUAGUUACAAUAAAUUCUCAGGUGCUAUACCAUUAUUACCUGCCAAUGUUUACGAAAUUCGGUUGAGUGGGAAUAUGUUUUCUGGCUCUAUUUCAUCCAUUUGUAAAACUCAUUAUAGUCAGCUUGGAUACCUUUUCCUCUCAAAUAAUCAGUUGGAAGGAGAGGUUCCUGAUUGUUGGGAGAAAAUGCCUGAGCUGUACACCCUCAAUUUGGCUAACAAUAGUUUCUCAGGUGAAAUUCCAGCCUCACUAGGCAAUUUACACAACCUGGCUGUUCUGCAGAUGCAUGGUAAUAACUUAUCUGGUGCAUUGCCUCACAAUUUGAGACUUUGCCAAAAUUUGAAUUUCAUUGAUGUUGGAGGGAACAAGUUAACAGGAGAGAUCCCCACUUGGAUUGGCCAGUUGUAUAAUAUGCAAUUUUUAAACUUUCGUGGAAAUAAUUUGCAUGGCAGUAUUCCUCAGGAGAUAUGCAAUCUUACUUAUAUUCAAGUUCUGGAUUUGUCGAUAAACAACUUGUCUUCGAUAAUACCUGAUUGCUUCGGCAAUUUUACAGUCUUGGCUAGUAAGAAUACUACCAAUUAUUUUGACCCAUUACUUUUUGUUCCAAUAUAUCCAUUUAGUGCGGCUUUAAAUAAGCACUAUGGAUAUUCAUCAUUUGAAUGGAAAGGUGGGGAGUUCGAUUACUGGGAUAAUCUCGGGCUUCUCAAACUCGUUGAUUUUUCAAGCAACAGAUUGACCGGGAACCUUCCAAAAUCUAUUUCUGGUAUGAGAGGAUUAAAAUCCUUGAAUCUGUCAAGAAAUAGUUUGAUAGGAAACAUAAUUCCGGAUAUUGGUAAAAUGGAGAUGCUAGAUUCUCUUGAUCUGUCGCACAACCAACUCUCUGGCGAGAUACCCACGAGUUUGGCAGAAAUAUACACUCUUGGUUUUCUUGAUUUGUCAAACAACAAACUGUCUGGAAAAAUUCCAAAGGGUACUCAACUUCAGAGCUUCAAUGAAUGGUCUUAUGCCGUGAACGAUGGACUCUGUGGUGACCCUCUCCCAAAGUGCCCUGGAGAUAGCUUGAAGCCACCCCCCUCUAGUCCGGUGGAAAACAUGAAGGAGAAAGACAGCAGCAACUUCUCAUUUAUGGCAGAAGUUGGCAUAUCAAUGGCGUUUGGUUUUAUCUUUGGAUUUUGGGGAGUUGUUGGUUCAUUCAUACUGAAAAAGUCAUGGAGAAUUGCAUUCUUCAACUCGUUGGAUGCUGCUGGAGAUUGGUUCUACGUCAGGAUUGUUGUGUUUGUAUCCAAAUGGAGACAAAGCUAAACUAAAGGUAAUAGUUGAAUCAAGGUGAACAAGUUCAUGGCUGGUGACCUUUAAUUCUAUGUUUAUUGUGGAUUUUUUCUUCUCUUUUCUGUGAAUUGUGACUAUGUACUUUGACUUUGUUAUCUUAGUCUUUUUACUUUCAUUUGUAAACUUUAUAUUGGAGUGUUUUUGUUUCUUUUAAUAAUAGAUGUUUGAGUUUUUGUA